AUGGAUAACAACACAGAUACUGUUGAAAAGUUCUGCCAGAGAGAACUGGAUUAUCUCAUUGUCGGUGCUGGAGUGUCAGGGCUCAUCUUAGCUUCGAGGCUCUCUGAGAAUCCUUCUAUCCGUGUGGGAGUCCUGGAAGCUGGAGAGUUGUACACUGACAAAUCAGCUUUUGUUGUAACGCCAACAGGAUUCCAUAUGAUGCUGGACCUGAAAUAUGAAUGGAAUUUUAAAACGGAACCCCAGUACGGAGGAGGUGACAGUGGUUCUGAUAUGAUUCAUGGCAAAUUGGUAGGUGGCUCGAGCUGCCUAAACCAUGGUCUGUUUCUUAGAGGCUCUCCACUUGAGUAUAAUGAUUGGGAGACGUUGGGAAACCCUGGCUGGAACUGGAGGGGUCUCGCUCCUUACUUUAAAAGGGUAGAGGCGUUUCUCCCUUUUGAAGAGAAUCAGAAAACAGUUGCCAUUGACGAUACGACCAAGUAUUCUAAGAUUUGGCGUCAAGCUUGGCUUGAGACAGGUGCUUCAGAGACGGGUAUUAGUUCUGGGCGUCCAAUGGGUGUCCAUUCUGCAGAACCGAUCGCAGAUUCUAUUUCAGGGGUGAGGGCCAACGUCUUUGAGACCUACUACCGUCCGAUAAUGACGAGAAGCAACCUGUAUCUGUUGCCAAAUGCACUGGUAAAAUCCGUGAUCUUUCGCGAUGGAGAAAACGGAAAAUUGGUUGCCACUGGGGUUCAAUUCAAAAGUCAGGACAGAGACUAUACAUGCUCAGCUAACCUUGAAGUUAUCAUCUGUUGUGGCACCAUGAUGUCGCCUGGUAUCCUGGAGCGAUCAGGUAUUGGCUCGAAGUCUAUCCUCGAUGAAUUUGGCAUCAAAACUAUUGUCCACAAUACUAGAGUUGGGGAGAAUUUGCAAGACCAUAGCUAUUCCUAUGCCAUGGUAGAAUUCAAAGACGAACCCUUAGACGAAGCAUUUGACAAAUUGGGAAUAGAUGAGACAGAGGAGAAAAAAAGAGAAUGGCGCCGAGCAAUUCGUCCCAUGGACAAAAAGCUUUCUACUUUCCUGACUUUUGAACAAGCCUCAAUGGGUCGUGUGGAAGCGCCAGACCUGAUUGAUAUGGACAUUAUUCGCCGUACCCCAUUGCUGCGAAAGCAGUACGAACUCAUGAUCCGGCGGAUUGAGAACCCCCAAAUUGCAUGCUACCAUCACGCACUUAUUCCCUUCAAUUCUGCUGAAGUGUUCAGGAGGCCGUAUCGUGAACGCAUGAAUGAUUUUGGUGGGAUAAUCUAUUCACUGUCGACGCCUUUUUCGCGUGGAUUUGUUCAUAUACAAAGUGCUGACCCAGCGAAACGCCCUUGCAUUGACCCUAUGUACUUUGAGCACCCCCUUGACUUGCUCCUUUUGAGAGCAGCAACAAGGAUAACCCUAGACUUCAUGAACGCAAGCAGCUUCGCAGAUAUAGUCAAACGACCCCUAUAUCCCAGGAAGAAAUUGCGAACGGUGAAAGAUUAUGACAAGCAUGCAUAUGAAACCUGCGGGACAUUUCAAGACACGAUUGGUACCUGUGCUAUGGCGCCUAGGGAGGACGGAGGAGUUGUCGAUCCCACAUUGACUGUUUAUGGCACGACUAACCUACGCAUCGUGGAUGCAAGCAUCAUUCCCUUGCACUUCUCUGGCAAUACUGACUGGACUGUGUGUGCAAUUGCAGAGAGGGCAGCUGAUAUCAUCAAUGCUCAACGACUUCUGAAUGAAGGUAGACUCUGA